AUGCAGUUUGCCCAACAGGCGUUGUCGCAUCCACACAUCCCGCCCAUUGCCCGCGCGGAGUUUCUUCAUAACAUUAGAAGACGUUCUGUCUUUCGCAUUUGGCGCUACAACUGCGGUGUGGGUUGUCGACCGCAUUAUGAUCCCGGCCUGUGUACACUUCUCUUGAAGGCAUCCGCGCCGGGGCUGGAGGUGAAUCUGCAGGAAUCACUGCCAUCACUGCCGGGCCGGCCGGGGAAUUACUGUUAUGAUAAUACCGAUAAACACAAUUUAGUGGAAUCGCUGCCCGGGUGGACGGCGCCCACUUCACAGAGAGAAGAAGAUGACACCAUCGUAUUGUGUGGGGAAAUGAUGCGGGUGUUGUCGAAUAACGCCAUUCCGGCGGUUCUCCACCGCGUCCGGGCCGAUUGGGCCACCGGCGGUGAAAAUGAAAAAGUGCGGUAUAGUUUUGUGUUGGAGUUACGCCCAGCAGAGCCGCAGCGAUGGUAUAAUCUAGUACAACAGGAGAAGAAAAGAAGAAGUCUUUAA